AUGUCUACACGACAAUUUCGCCUCAGUGAUGGCUAUUGCAAACGAAACCUCAGUCACGUCCAGCCGUCGUCGACGACCAACCUUGGCAUGUGCAACCGCGAAGCCCCCUGCAACCAAUGCGUCCGCUCCAAGUCCGAGUACUGCGUCUACAUACAGAUCGAUGACGACGAAUGCUCUGUGCAACGUCAUUUGAAACGCAAACGGACCAAUUCUGAACAUGUCCACCAAUCCUCAAGGCGAGAGAAGGAGGACUCGCAUACCUACUGUGAAGAUGUGCCGUCAUCCGAAGGCGUGAGCCCAGUCUUUCGAACUGGCUUUGAACCCCCAAGACCCGACUCAGUAGUAUCAACACCUACCGAGAUCACGCAUAAGGGUAUUUGCUCAAAUGGCAGCUCAUCAAGUGAGGACGGCUCAGGAGUUCUUCCGAUCCGCGGCAUAUUUUUGGAUUCUCGCUUCUUUGGACCAAGCCACUGGAUAAACAGCGCUGUUCACGUAAGCGAAAGCCGUGCUCAAGAGUCAACGCAUACAUUACUGACCCAUGGUGUGGAACAGUUUCGCAAAGUUCAUACAUUACAACGUGCUGUCGAGAAAGAGCCCGGAGGAAAUCUGUACAGGCAAUGCAGGGAACUGACGGAAACAAGACGAUCACAAAAUUCGAUCCCGCAACUGCUGGUCACCAAUCUGAAAGAUUUGAUUCCUCCUCAAGCCAUCACCGAUCAACUUAUUCAAGCAUAUUUGCGGACCUUCGAGUCAGUGUUACGCGUGUUACACGUUCCAUUGUUUCUUCACGAAUGCCAAGGUUUCUGGGAGAGACCACUGGCCUCAUCGGAGGACUUCCAGCUUCAAUUACUCCUAGUGAUAUCGAUUGGAGCGUUAUUCUCGCCGAAGCUGAGAGACAGCUGUAACGAGUCGGUCUGGAUCCAUGCUGCAGAGUCCAGAUUGUUGUCCAAUGGUGGGGACCGCUGGACCGGACUCACUGGUGUGCAGAACUUUUGCCUUCUCAUGAUGGCCCGGCUUGUCAGUCCUUACCACUCGGGUGCUGAUUUGGUCGGCUUGUCGGUGGAAAGUCUGAUGCGGGUAGCGAUGCGGAUCGGCCUACAUAUAAGUCCGAAGAUGUUGCCACAGAUGAGUUUCUACGAGCAGGAGCUUCGUAGACGGCUAUGGUCCACUGUGCUUGAGAUCUCGCUGCAGUUCAGCAUCGAGGUCGGGGCAGUGCCAUUGAUUCCGAUGGAUGGCGUCGACUUCGAGCUUCCUCUGAAUGUACCGGACGAAAGUUUCGAUCAAAAUACGGAGACAGAGCCGACGUCAAAGCCGCUAGAUGACCUAAGUCACACAUCCAUUCAGAUAUUUCUCAUGGAGUCCUUCCCGGUGCGCCUCGAGAUUGCAAGGAUGGUGAAUUGCCCUCGGCGUGAGAUCCCUUACCAACGACUUCUACAGCUGAGCUCGCGAUUAAGCGCUCACUGUAGAUCAACGCAGGCACGGCUCAAUGUUGGCAACAACAAGGCACAAUCACAGAAAUUCCCGGUGCGGCUUUUAAACAUGUUUAUGUAUCGCUACCUGCUAGCGUUACACGUUCCAUUUGCACUCAAGGCUAGUACGGAUCCAACGCUAUACUUCUCGCGGAAGGUCAGCUUGGAAGUGGCGCUUUCCUUACUGGAUCAUCCAACGGGUCCGGACGAAGACGAUUAUGUACGUGUCAUGAUUAUCGGCUCGGGUGUCAUGUCUAGCUCCUUGAAUUUGGCCAUUCUCGUUGUCUCGGCAGAGCUUUCGGACAUGCUAGAAAACGAGGUGUCGGCUCUCACACCCAUAUCCAGUGCUAUGAAUCGACAACCACUUCGCAAGAUCUUGGAUGAAAACAUAGAAUUGAUCUCACGACGCAUAUCGCAAGGCCAGCCCGACAUUCAGGUGUCGAUGCUGUUUGCCGGGCUGACAGCACAAAUCGACGCAGCUCAAGCAGGACAACCCGCAGACGAUGCCAUUCUUGACGCCUUCCACAGGUGUUUGUCGGAGAACUUCAAUACCUUGAAAACGCGCAUGCUUGAUCAUCAGGUACUCGAUCCGAUCCUGGAGUCGACCACUGGGUGCUUUGACCUGCUAAAUACUGCGUGGGAUUCAGGCCCCCUGCCAGAAUGGGUGCUGCCUGAUGGGACAUGA